UAAUUAUGACGAGCAGAAAACGACCACCGACAAAACUUAGAUCUAUUACUAUCGAGCCAAAUUAUGUAAAUAGAGACGGCUCUGCUUUGUUUAAAUUUGGCGACUCUGCUGUUGUAUGUUCUGUAAACGGACCAACUGAAGUUAAAUUACGUGAUGAGAAAGUGGAUAAAGCAACAAUCGAUGUAAUAUUUAAACCUUUAGUUGGUUUACCUGGUACUAAGGAUAAAACACACGAAUAUAUUAUACGUUCGACAGUUGAAAGUGUUAUUAAAUCAAAUCUUUAUCCACGAACAUUAAUCCAAAUUGUGUGUCAAGUGAUGAUGGAUGAUGGAAACAUUUUAGCAACAGCAAUAAAUGCAACAAUAUUUGCUCUAAUGAAUGCCGGUGUUGAAAUGAAAGAUAUUGCCGUAGCUGUUGCUUGUAUUGUGAAUCAAGACGGGAAUAUAUUGAUUGAUCCAAAAUUACGAGAGAUCGAGAAAGCUCAGUCUUAUCACACAUUUGCAUUUAGCAAAACAACAUUUGGAUUAUUAUUUUGUGAGUCCACCGGAUUAUUCACUGAACAGCAGAUAAAAAAUCACCAAUUUUAUAACAUACGUUCUGGAUAUUUCGGACAACGGCAAGGAUCAAAUUCAAUUAGGGCUAUGUUGCAAAAGCAAACUGAGAUGGAACAUCAAAAACAAAGAGAAUCAAAUGAAUUGGGAAUGUUUUCGUGGUAUGGUGUUGGUCCUCUUGUCUCUAUUCAAG